CAAGGCCUACCAUCUGCUACAUCAUGGCAACUGCACCCAAUUUAACUGUUGGAGAGACGGCUAAAGGCCCCGCUUUAGCAGUCGGGGACACAACGAAGGCUCCCUCGGUUUCUGCUGUCCAUGAACUUAGUACAAAUGGCCCGAACCAUACCUACACACCUCGUACCCGGUGGGAAAAGGUUCAAGAAAUAAUCUGGGAUGGCGGCAAUCGUACACCGGAAGAGCGCAAGCUGAUUCAAAGACUCGACAUACAUGUUAUGAGUUGGGCUACGUUCGGCUAUUUCAUCCGUCUUCUUGACUCUGGGAAUAUCAUAAAUGCCUACGUCUCUGGCAUGAAGGAAGAUCUUCAUUUUCACGGCAACCAAUACAAUCUUCUCACGACCUUCUUCACCUGCGGUUAUCUUGUUGGCCAAAUUCCAUCUCAGUUUCUACUCACACGCAUCAGGCCAAGUGUGUAUCUUCCGACAAUCGAGCUGCUCUGGUCAAUUCUGACCUUCUGUUUUGCUGCGGUUCCCAAUGUGAAAACCGUAUUUGCUCUUCGCUUUCUCCUCGGGAUGCUAGAAUCUCCGUUCGCUGUUGGCGUUAUAACGCUCAUGGGAAGUUGGUACACGCCACGCGAGCUCGGCAAACGCAUAGCAAUCUUCUACUCUGCUUCGUAUGCCGCAAGCAUGUUCAGUGGAUAUCUCCAAGCUGCCAUCUACCGUGGCAUGAACGGUACCGCUGGGCUGGCGGGCUGGCGCUGGCUCUUCAUCUUCUGUGGCAUUAUUUCUAUCUGGGGCCCACUGUGGGGUUACUAUGCCAUUCCAGACAAUCCGUACACGACAAAGGCGCGCUGGAUGUCGGAAGCAGAGUUGGCUCUACAUAUUGAGCGUAUGAACGCGAUUGACAGGAGAAAGCCAGUGCCACUCACCUGGAAGAAGGUGAAAGCAAUUGGGAAAAAUUGGCAUCUUUAUGCGUUCACCUUCGCAUUGAUAUGUCAUUGCGUGGUCACGCAGCCACUCAAUUACUUUGCCGUGUGGCUAAAGUCCCUUAACCGCUUCACAGUGUACCAGAUCAACUUAUUCCCCACCGCUGCGCAAGCGACGGGAUUAGUAUUCACGCUGACCUAUGGCUGGCUAGCCGACGGAUUGAACAAGCGUUGGCAGAUUCUGGUUAUUCCCGCGAUUUUGAACUUUGUCGGCAUGGUCAUUGUAGCAUCUUACCCUGGCUAUGGGGCGACCUUCUUUGGCUACAUGCUGAAUGCGACAUCGUGGGGCUUCUGGCCGGUCUUGUACGCUUGGGCGAUCGAACUCAUGCAUAAGGAUAUGGAAGAGAGGGCUAUCGUCAUUGGCGUUGCACAAACAAUGGGACAGGUUUUCAUCGCUUGGGUUCCGGUGGUCAUUCUGAAUGUGGGCAAGUAUGCACCACGAUUUCACUUGGGGUUUUCUGUUAUGAGUGGAAUCAGCGUGCUGCAAUUCUCCUCCAUCUUUCUGAUUCGAUGGUUUGCGAAGCGUGAGGCUGCGAAGGAGAAGGCGGAAGAAGAUGCUGGAACGAGUGAAGAGGGUGAUUUAUAAGAACACAGUAGGAUGAUAGCUCAAUUUUGUGACGUCCUCGGAUUAGUUAGAUGGUUCGUUCAAAGUCACCCACGACUGGCAAUUUAGUCAGCUAAUUCCCUG